AUGGAUUUGGGUUUGCAUGGAUUUGGUUCUUCGUCAGUGGAAUAUAUUUUAAAUCCCAUAUUUAGAAGCAUAGGAAAACAUAUUAAAAAAAUAACUUCUUCCUUAAGAGUUCAGAAAAAUAAAAGAAAAUUUAGAAAAAAUUGCUUAGAUCUGGCUGAUUAUAUAAUUGAGAGAAGCCACGCACCCUCACAUAUUGAUCAAUCUAAAUGGGACUUAGCACUAAAGAAUUGGUAUCAAAUUCAAUAUAAAGAUCUAACUAGACAUGGGGAAUGCCCUAUGAUUAUAGAGCAGAAUGAGAGAAAUCUUUUAGAAUUAAGUUAUGAAGUAAAAGAUUUUCAUGAAAAAAAAAAUAGAGAACUCAGUCGACUAAAAUCCUUCCUUACAGAAAAUAAUACAUAUAGUUGUAAUAAUGAUCAAGUUUGUAAGAAAAUACUUAAAGGAUAUAAUAUCUGGAUUAAUGAUAGGAAAAAAUAUUUUCAGGGAAAAAGAGAGCUCAUUCAAAAAAAUUCCUCAUCUGAACAAAGGACAUUAAAAUUUUCAAUACCAAUUAGUAACUUGCUGAGCCCUGAAAUAUACAGUGAACUUUCUGAAACUUUACCUUCAGUUUUAGUUCCAUUUGAAGAAGAAGAUGGAAAAGAGAAAGGAGGAGAAGGAAAAAGAGAAGACAUACCCUUAAGAGUAAGAGAAAAUGCGUCUGAAAAUCAAAGUACACUACAAGAAGAAGCUUCAACUUCAGGAUCAUCAUUACUUGAAACAUCUGAAACUACAAGUACAGGAAAAUUACCUGGAUCAGCUGUAGAUUCCACAAUUCCAGAAGCUGAAAAAUCAAUGAUUCCUAAAAAUUCUGAACAACCUUCUUCAUUGAAUGAAUCUGAUCCUGUAGAACAACGUCCAACUACUCGUGGAUUAGGAGGAACUGCUGGUCAUAUAAGUACUAUGCCAUCUAAUGAAGCAUUAAAUCCUGAUUCAAGUUCUGUUUUUAUUACAACCUCUAAAAGAACAGAUACAGAAGGAAAUCAAUAUAACGCCCACAUAUCGUAUAUUUUAACAAGCUUUCUAGUUAUUAUAGUAUUUUCCUUUUUUAUUAAAUAUGUUUUAAUAGGUAUGUUUAAAAAAAAGAAAAAGAUAAAAAGAAGAGAAGUUAAAUUUCUGAGAAUAUUAGUACCUUCCUAUUAUAACAGAAGUAAAUUUUUAAGACAUAAUCAUUUGGAACACCCAAUAAAUGAAGACGAAGAAAUCAUUAAAAAAAUAAAAAUACAAGAACAUAAUAUGAACAAAAAUGAAAAUGUAUUAUACGGAAAAAAGGACAGAUCCAUAACUAUUAUAGAAGUACAUAUGGAAAUACUGGAAGAAUGCAAAAAUAAAGAAUGGGAAUAUAACAAAGGAGAAUUUUUAGCAAUAUGCCAAGAAGUAUUAACAAAAAAAGAAAAUAGAACCUACACUAACUUAAAAGAUGAUGAAGUAGUAAUGGAUAAUAUUAAAAGUACCAAUGAAACUGAAAAACAAAGAAGUCUAUGGAAUAAAUGGAUGGAAAGGAAUAAAAUAUUUUUGGAAAAAUUGAGAAAAAAGGAUUGGUUUAACAAUCUGAAAAAUGAUUGGAAAGAAGAAAGAUCAUACAUAAAAAAUAGUGAAAAAUUAAGAAAAUAUCUUUCAAAUGAAAAUGAAAAAGAUCCAUUUUUAGAAAGAAAAAAAGAUAUAUGGAGACGUUGGGUAUCAAGGAAGGGUAGUAUUGUAGAAAAAUAUUUGGAAGAGGACUUGUUUGAAAAAUUGAGAGAGGAAAUAUAUAAUAUGAUAGAUACAUAUGAAAAUGAAGGAAGAAAGGAUGAUAUAUUAUUUAUGAAUAAAGAAGAAUUGGAAAACAAAGAAAAUUAUGAAGUAUUAUAUAAAUACUUUAAAACAAAAUUAUUAGAAAAACUGUGUAUACUAGUAUUUAUGAUGGUAUUAGAGGAAUGUAAAAAUGAGGAGUAUAUAGAAAAUAUGGAAUCAGAUUUCGAUAAUUCUAUAAAUGAAUGUAUAACAGGAAAAAACUUAGAUAUUAAACCAAAAAUUGAGGAAAAUUUAACUGAUAUUAACGGAGAUGUUUUAGGGAAUAUAAAAAAUAAUAAAAAUUAUACUUAUGAGGGAGAAGACUGUUUCAGAGAAGAAUUGAAAGAAUGGAUAAGAGAAAAUGAUGCAUACAUAAAUUCCUUAGAUAGUGAUAAUAACAUAGACGAAUGCUAUCAAGUGGUAGAAUAA